AUGGGUUCCUACGUACCUGAACCGGAGCCUCGAAAGCUCUGGAUCGAGACCCCCUUGAUCCCAUCCGCCACCAUGUCCCGAGCAGCAGGCUGCAAUAUAUACUUGAAACUUGAGAAUCUACAGCCAUCGGGGUCCUUCAAGUCAAGAGGCAUUGGAAACAUGAUGCUCCGGGCGAUGUUGUCCAAUCCCGGUGGCGAGGCACACUUCUACUGCUCAUCCGGCGGUAAUGCCGGCCUCGCCUGCGCCACGGCGGCCAUCACGUUGGCCAAGCCGUGCACUAUCGUUGUUCCCAUGUCCACAUCCGAGCACAUGAUGGCCAAGCUGAGGCUCCUCGGCGCAGAGGUCAAGCAAGUCGGCGCGCACUGGGCAGAGGCAGACGCUCACCUCCGCCAGAACCUCGUGGCUCACGACCCGGCCGGCGUCUACGUGCCACCCUUCGACCACCCACACGUGUGGGAGGGUGCCAGCAGCAUUGUCACCGAGCUCGUGCCGCAGAUGGAGGUGUUCGGCGUCGAGCCGGACGGCAUCGUGUGCAACGUCGGCGGCGGCGGCCUGCUCAACGGCAUCAUGGACGGUGUCGACCAGGCCAAGGCGUGGAAGACAAAGCCCCAGGUCCUGGCUGUCGAGACCGUCGGCGCAGACAGCCUGGACGCCAGCGUCAAGGCGGGCAAGUUGGUCACGCUGCCCAAAAUCACAAGUAUAGCCACGAGCCUCGGGGCGCCCACGGUCUCGCGGCGCACCUUCGAGUGGAGCAAAGAGAAGCACCUGAACAAUACGGUAGUGACGGACGCAGAGGCUGUAAUGGGUUGUGUGAGGCUUGUAGACGACGCACGGAUACUUGUGGAGGUCGCGUGCGGCGCAACUAUCGCGCCGGUGUAUAACGGUGGACUGAGGAAAUGGUUGGGUGAGGGCUUGACGGACGAGGAGUGGAGCAGGAAGAACGUCGUUUUGAUCGUAUGCGGUGGGUCGAACAUCUCGUUCGAGAUUCUCAAGAGCUAUCAAGAAAAAUACAAUGUUUCUUGA